AUAUUUACCGGGUUAAUACCGUCAUUCUUUUUUCAGGUUUCGUGGAAUCUACCUCCUGUCACAUUUUUUAUCAAUUUUAAACAGAGAACCAAUGUUAUUGACACCAAUACCUAAUACCUUUGGAGCGAGCAGUUCCGAAACAGUGACGAAAUAUCUUUCAAUUAAUCCUAUUGUUGAGCGUUACUGUGACAUCCGUUCGAGAAGCAUGCAGCAUCAACGAUCCCUGCCAGGCUUAGGGCCAGCACUGUCUCAGCACGACAUGCACACUUCAGCACUGCAGCAUCAGCAGCACUUCUCGCUGGACCAGCAAGCGACGAGUGCUCCCAUCACCAGCAAUAAUCUUCCUAGCAUCAGUAACAGAGGCAGGUUGGACGGCGAUCAACACUACGACCUCAAAUCUUCUGGGCUUUUCAGUUCAUACGACCACCUGCAUGCCACAAGAACAACAUCCCUUACUUCCAAUUGCAAACAACAAUCAAGCGACUCUCACGGCAAUUUUUUCUCCAAGCAAGCCUGCGAUGACGUAUUUAAACAGCUUCCAAAGCAUGGACCCGACAGUGACUGUUCGUUGGUGUUAGCGGUGUCAGGUUCCGACGAUGCGCCAAGUCUGCUACAGAAGCGAGAUCCCGACGAUCUGACGAAGCUUUACAUUACACCCGACCACGAGGACGGUGCAAGAGUCUUCUGCAAGCAGGAUGCAGACGAGUCUUCCAGCGGUGGUUUGUACUCGUCUGCUGGAGAAUGUGAGUCAGACUCGAACAGCAGCAAGGGUUUGGAGACGCUGGGCGGUGGCCGCAAACGAGACUCGAGGGCCAUGGACGAUACAGAAAACGACCCAGGCUUCCUGCUCGCUGACUCUCCGCCAGUUAUCUUGAGGAGAGGACGAGACCGUGACGGCAGUUCGCUCGGUCUGACGAAGGAAGAACGACGACGACGGCGGCGCGCGACGGCGAAGUACCGCACGGCUCACGCGACGCGAGAGCGCAUGCGCGUCGAGGCCUUCAACAUGGCGUUCACUGAGCUGCGUAAACUGUUGCCAACACUGCCUCCUGACAAGAAACUCUCUAAAAUAGAAAUACUAAAACUUGCAAUAUGCUAUAUAGCUUAUCUAAAUCACGUAUUGGACGUAUAAACGUGCAUGUAUUUUUCGCAUAGUCAAUCAACUUUAAGAGUAUAUGUUAAAUUAUU